CUUUUCCUCACAAUGAUCAAUUCCAAAAUUCCAAAAUUGGUCUAUAUAAGCACAGUCUUUGAACCAAAUUGUCAAUCAGAAUCUUCGAUAAGAAUGGAAGAUAUCAGAAUUACCAUUAUCUUAGUUCUCUCCCUUGUGGCUGGUUUACAAGCUGCUAGAUGUCGCCCAUGUGAUGGCUCGUCAUCGAGUUAUGCUGACAAAUUGAAUACCUGCAACCACCAUGUGACAAAAGAAAGCGUUCUCAAUUCACUGAAGUCGCUUAACGAAACGUUUAGGUCAUUCAAAAGAGAAAUGGAGACGCAAUACAACAUCAUACAAGGUUUUGACAUUUCCACAUUUUCCACAACAUGUGUUGAGGACCCUCUAACCGAUACUAUCAAGAAACACCUGCCAAAAACUCACAAGGACCGCUUUAUUCACGAAACAUAUGCCACUUUGUCAUAUGCUUACGAUGUAUUAGAAAAGGCCUCUUACAAUUUCGAAGGGGAGCGCUGGAUACUAAAAGGCAAACUUACAAAAGUAAUGUGCAAAAUGGUUAGUGUCAAUCGCAAAAUUCACUGCAGAAAGAAUCGCCAGAAACCAUCCCAACAAAUGAAAAGCUUUGACGUGACCAAAGUAUGUGAACGAAGAAACGUUUUCCCAUGUGGGUAUCGACCACUCUGGACUUUAAAAGCUUUGGGAAAUGUACAAACAAUCAUAGAAUAUACUUUAAGAUUCUGGGAUUCCUGUGUCAAAGACAACUCCAGAAACGGUUCAGUAGUAAGUGUCUGCAGGCAAACAAUUACCGGAAUGCUAUGGGAAGCUCCCUCUUCAUCCGAGCAGUCCUGUACCAUUACAAACUUGCCAGAUGUGAUCUACCUUAUGAUAUUUACAAUAUAUACAUACGUAUAUUUUUAAAACAAAGAUUGGUUAGUUACAUACAUAUCAAAUUAUUGUUUAUUAUAUACAUUGCAAUAUACAAAUGUAUAUAAAUAUUUACAUUUUGUUGUUUUUAUUGCUAUGAUGUCUUCCAUGUUUUUACAUUUGAUAAUAAAAUGUUUUAUAUAAUU